AGACUGCUGCGUGACGUAAUACGUAAAUAAGUUGAUCAAGCUUCUGCUGCCUACUCAGAAGGUUGUUUUCUUGUUGUCUUCCUUGAGCUAUAAUUAUCUCUCGCCUCAGUAAUAUUAAUGACAAUGCUAAAACGACAUACAAACUCUUGGGGAUAAAACGGAAGUGACAUUUUCGUCGAAACAUUAGGACAUGCCAUCUGACUUUGUAACUACAAAGUAAGCCCCGAGUGGACAACAAGCCGAGUCGUUCGUCAACCAGCUAACAGGGGUUAGCACCACACCGUGUGCUGUUCAUUCUCACUUUCUCUUCCAUUUCGUCUUCGUCUGUUGUCGGCCUCUACAUUCUGUCACCAAGUACAGUCCGUGGUUUCGCCAGGAGAGGAUGAACUGGCUUUUCCCCCUGUCCAAAGGCUCCGGACCUCUCCCUCCUCUGAACAGCCUACAGCAACAAAGACAGCGGCAGAUCGAGUCACUCAAAGCCGCUCACCCAAGCCUCGCAGAGAUCCAGAAGGAUGUGGAGUACAGAAUACCAUUCACAGUCAACAGCUCCACCAUUAGUGUUAACAUACUGCUGCCUCCUCAGUUCCCCCAGGAGAAGCCGGUGGUUAGUGUCUACCCCCCUGUUGGUCAUCAUUUAGUCGACGGCAAUAAUGGCACCAUGAUCACUAGCCCCCUCAUCACUAAUUUUGGGAUGCACUCAGAUCUGGGUAAGGUCAUUCAGAGUCUCCUGGACGAGUUCUGGAAGAGUCCUCCUGCCUUGAUGUCCACUGGCUCUGCUGGCUUCUCAUAUAUGUACAAGCCGUCAGGCAUGGCGCCAUACCCCACUCAGGCUUAUCACUAUGGUCCUCGCCAUGUGGGCCCCAGUCACACGCCACCUCCUGGUCCAGGCCCAGCUCCAGCUCUCAUGCCUCACCCAGGGGUCGAUGGUUCCCACGGGCCCCCUCGAGCUCCAGCCCCAUACGGCCUGAUUUAUGACCUGCCGCUGCCGGUUCCUACUGGAGACUCCCAGGCUGGACUCAACGGACACAUGUACAAGAUGCCUGAGAUUCCUGAGACUUUUCCUGAACUCUGUGACUUGAAUCUGACCCAGUUGUCGGACAUGGCAAGUGAAAACGAGGAUAUGUUGCUGGAGUUCUUUGUGAGUUUGCCACAACUGAAACAGGUCACCAGUGAUAAAGAAGAGCUGGUCACCAAUAUAGUGGACAUGGCUAAGAAAAAUCUUCAGAUGGAGCCGCAGCUGGAAGGAAAACGACAAGAAAUGCUCUACAAGUAUGAGCAGCUGACUCAGAUGAAGUUGGCCUUUGAAACAAGGAUGCAGAGACAGCAUGAUCUCAGUGAGAGUUGCAGUCUUAGUACUCUACAGGCUCGGUUAAAAGUUGCAGCCCACCAGGCUGAGGAGGAGUCGGAGGAGACGGCUGAAAACUUCCUGGAGGGACGCGCAGACAUUGACGAAUUCCUGAGCAGCUUCAUGGAGAAGAGAACGCUUUGCCACAGCAGAAGGGCCAAAGAGGAAAAAUUGCAACAGUCCAUCAACACACAUGGACAGUUUCCUCCCAGCCACUAAAACACAAGGUGUGGUGUUUUCUCAGCCAACUGCUGCCAACUUAAAGAAUAAAGACAUUUGAUGGGACAAAAAAAGCACACUGAGUCAACAAUGGGCACUUUGGAGAAAUAGGAAGACAGUGAUAGCAAUUGUGGGCUAACAAAACGAAGCCCACUGUCCUCGGAUCUGGACUACAAAUACUGUCGAAGUUGGAUUGUGCGAGAGCAAGACGGAGAAUCUAUUGAGUCACCACAAGAGGCCAAAACUGGGAGUGACACAUGCCUAGCUUUUCCAACCACAUUACUAAGGAUUUCUAUUGCACAUGCUGUUUGUUCAGUUUUGACUUGACAGUAAUGAUGAGUUUUGUUUCUUUUCUGAAUUUAUAUCACAAUGCUAAAUAAGAGCAACAUCUGCACCGGAUCAGAGUGGUUGCCGAUGUGAACUCAUCUGGGAAAAAAAUGCAAAUUGUUUUUACGACAGGACUCCCAAUCGUACUUUUAUUUUUUUUCAUGCGGUGAGCAAGUAAAUGUCACUAUAGAAUAAUUGUUAAAAUGCUAAUGUCGGUGUCUAUACUUCCAUCUCUGAGAUCAUUGGCGAGCCCUUGCUUUGUUAUUCCAGAAAGGUCCUGAAGGACAGACAGAAGAACAACCUUUGCCUUGCAAAUCUGCUGUUAACUUGAUUUGAUUGCUCUAGAUGUAGAGAUGAAACUCAGCAUUGGCACUUCAACAAGUCAAGGUAAUCUCUCCAAGGCAUUCCUCAUUUGUAAUUAAACAACUCAAAUUUAAGAUUCUCCAACAAAAUAGAAGCAAGGACGGGGCAGUGCUGUCAGGAGAGCUUGAAAUUGAAACUCUGCAAAUGACAGUGGUCGAGUUUAUCAAGUGUGUUUGUCCCUUCAGUAAUGACUUGAACACAACCUCGUCAUCAGUGUUUUUGCACAAACAUUAGUAAUUUGAUUCAAUCAGGCAGUACUCUGAUUCUCAUAGUGUUUUUAACAUCAUAAUCGUUUUUUAUCCACUGUACCUCAGAAAGAAGAGUCAACAUAAUCCAAAUAACAAACCUGGUUACUGGUCAGGUUUUUUUUUCUUUUUUUAUACAUUUUUUAGUUGAGGUUUGUGGGGGGAUAAUACAAUGUUUCCUGAAGGUUUAGCAUAAACUUUUUCAGACAUUGACCAGUUUACCAAACAGGUUAUGUAAACUGAGGUUAUUGGGAUAUCCAUAUAAACGGUUUGCCUUUCACACGAAUCAAGGUAUUGGGGCACAUGUAAACAUGCUGAUAAUGAUGAAGGCCAUUAUAAUAACCCGUCUGUUUUCUGACACCUUGUGAACUUGAAAUAGUUGACUGACUCUUAACUGAAGAGCCUCAGAAGAUUUGGGAUAAUGUUGAGGAGUAUUAGGGUUUCAUGCUGCAGUAAAACAUGAUGACAUUGGAUACUGUAUUUAAAUAAUGUUAAUAAUAGGCUAUAUUGUAAUCAAAGACUCAAGACACCUUGUAUUAUAUGUUGUUAUUUAAUUUGUUAGUGUAAUAAAGCAUUUAGAAUAAA